AGAGGGGCUGGGCCCGCCUCCUGCACCUCCCUGCAGCUCAGAGCAGCUGACUAUCUACACUGCACGUUCUCCCAGCCGGCUGCUCCUAGGAGCCUGCUCUUUGCAGGGCACAAUGGCAACUCUAAAGGAAAAACUGAUCGCGCCUGUGGCCGAAGAAGAGGCAUCCACCCCGAACAAUAAGAUCACUGUAGUGGGUGUUGGACAAGUUGGUAUGGCCUGUGCCAUCAGCAUCCUGGGGAAGUCUCUGGCCGAUGAACUUGCCCUGGUAGAUGUUUUGGAAGAUAAACUCAAAGGGGAAAUGAUGGAUCUGCAGCAUGGGAGCUUGUUCCUCCAGACACCUAAAAUCGUGGCAGAUAAAGAUUACUCUGUGACUGCCAAUUCUAAGAUCGUGGUGGUCACUGCAGGGGUCCGCCAGCAAGAGGGGGAGAGUCGUCUCAACUUGGUGCAGAGGAAUGUAAACGUCUUCAAGUUCAUCAUCCCGCAGAUUGUCAAGUACAGUCCUGACUGCAUCAUCAUUGUGGUUUCCAACCCAGUGGAUAUCCUGACGUAUGUUACCUGGAAACUAAGUGGACUACCAAAGCACCGUGUGAUUGGCAGUGGAUGCAAUCUGGAUUCUGCCAGAUUUCGCUAUCUUAUGGCUGAGAAACUUGGCAUUCAUCCCAGUAGCUGCCACGGGUGGAUUCUGGGAGAACAUGGAGACUCAAGUGUGGCUGUAUGGAGUGGAGUGAAUGUGGCAGGUGUUUCUCUCCAGGAACUGAAUCCAGAAAUGGGAACAGACAAUGACAGUGAAAACUGGAAGGAAGUGCAUAAGUUGGUGGUUGAAAGUGCCUAUGAGGUCAUCAAGCUAAAAGGAUACACCAAUUGGGCUAUUGGGUUAAGUGUGGCGGAUCUCAUUGAAUCCAUGUUCAAAAACCUAUCCAGGAUUCAUCCUGUGUCAACAAUGGUGAAGGGAAUGUACGGCAUCGAGAAUGAAGUCUUCCUGAGCCUGCCAUGCAUCCUGAACGCUCGAGGGCUCACCAGUGUCAUCAACCAGAAGCUGAAGGAUGAUGAGGUGGCUCAGCUGAAGAAAAGUGCAGACACCCUGUGGAAUAUCCAGAAGGAUCUAAAAGACCUGUGACUCCAGGCUUCUAGGCUGUAGAAGUUUCACCACCACGAUGUGAUUAGCCAAAAGCCUUUAGUUUUCAUCCAAGGGUUGUGGGUCAGAGUCUGCUUUUUUCCUUCCUAAAUAUGUAGAUCUGGGCUCAGGGAAUCAAAGCCCACACUGGCUUAAUGCUUGCAACAAGAGCCUUUGAACAAAUAAAGUAACUACUGUAGUGA